ACCCAGGUCUGCCCCGAGCGAGGCGCCCCAUGCGGUCCGGGCCUUGCUGCAGCCGAGCUGUGGCCGAGGCCCCGCCCCGGGGCUCCGAGCAGCCGCGGCCGCUGGCGGCGGGGCCUGCGCGUCUGUUACCGGCGGAGCCCUUGCACUCGUGGGAGGAGGAAAAAAGCCUACCCAACCAAAACCUGUCAGCUUGCUGCACGCCAGCCUUUUUUCCCCCCCUACCAGAUGUAGGUCUACCACAAAGGAGCUGAAGUUCAAAUAAGGCUGCUUUAGCCUUACAAGAAAUGAUGGACUCACAAUUUUAAAACCAGAAUGCUGAGUUCUCUCUCACCAAGACAAAGUCAGACCGUACCUCAACGGUAACACCGUACAGAUGCAUGGCUUAGACUGAACAGCCAAGCUGUGAAAAAUCUUUAAAAAAUAGAGAAAAAGAAAGGAAAUAAUUUUGUAGAUCACCCAGACAUUUGCUUUUCUAACUUCAGUAUAGCGCACAAAGCUAUUCAGCUGUAGACUCCAGGCUACAUUCACUGAAGAGUUGUGCUUACGAUAAGCAAACUGCUAAGUGAGAUGCCACAACUCGUGCGGACAAGUUGUUCUGAUAACCUUUGAUGAAGGCACGCUAAGGACAGAAGAAAGAAGACGAAGGAGACAGGAUUUUACGAAGUUCUUUGCAGAAGAAUAUUUAACCAGAAAUAGAGGAUCAUGAUGACAAGAAGAUUCAUCUGUUUAAUGCUUAUAGUUGUUGUGGGAACUGCUGCAAGCAAAACACAGGGAUUUGAAGGCAAUGAUGAAGAAAAAGAACAAGAAUUCAUUUAUAUGAACAGAUAUAAACGUUCCAGUGACACACAGGACAAAUGCACUUACACCUUUAUUGUACCUCAGCAGAGAGUGACAGGUGCCAUUUGUGUUAAUUCUAAAGAACCUGAGGUUCUACUUGAAAACCGGGUAAAUAAACAGGAAUUACAGUUACUUAACAAUGAACUUCUUAAACAAAAGAGACAAAUAGAAACUCUCCAGCAAUUGGUAGAGGUAGAUGGUGGGAUUGUUAAUGAGGUCAAGCUCUUAAGAAAAGAGAGCAGAAAUAUGAACUCUCGUGUCACACAACUCUAUAUGCAGUUACUACAUGAAAUUAUCCGGAAACGGGACAAUGCCUUAGAACUUUCCCAACUUGAGAAUAAGAUUUUGAACCAAACUGCAGACAUGCUGCAGCUUGCAAACAAAUACAAAGACUUAGAGUACAAGUACCAACAUUUGAUGUCAAUUGCAAAUAAUCAGUCAAUAAUAAUUGCCCAGCUAGAAGAACACUGUCAGAGAAUGCCAUCCAUAAAGCCUCUUCCACAAACUCCACAGCCACCAAACAAAGCGUACCACCCUCCUACUUACAAUCGCCUGAUUAACCAGAUAUCUACUAAUGAGAUUCAGAGUGAUCAGAAUCUGAAGGUUCUGCCACCUACCUUACCAACCAUGCCCGCAGUAACUAGUAUUCCAACUUCAACUGAUAAACCAUCUGGGCCCUGGAGAGAUUGCCUACAAGCAUUAGAAGAUGGCCAUGAUACAAGCUCUAUCUAUCUUGUAAAACCAGAAAACACAAACCGACUUAUGCAGGUCUGGUGCGAUCAACGGCAUGACCCUGGUGGCUGGACAGUCAUUCAGAGACGACUGGAUGGGUCUGUCAACUUUUUCAGGAACUGGGAGACGUACAAGCAAGGAUUUGGUAAUAUAGAUGGAGAAUACUGGCUUGGUUUAGAAAAUAUUUAUUGGCUAACAAAUCAAGGCAACUACAAACUGCUCAUAACAAUGGAAGACUGGUCAGGUCGGAAAGUAUUUGCUGAGUAUGCUAGCUUCAGACUAGAGCCAGAAAGUGAGUAUUACAAGUUGAGAUUGGGACGCUAUAACGGAAACGCAGGAGAUUCUUUCACUUGGCACAAUGGUAAACAGUUCACCACGCUGGACCGGGACCACGAUGUAUACACAGGUAAUUGUGCUCAUUACCAAAAGGGAGGAUGGUGGUACAAUGCAUGUGCUCAUUCAAAUCUCAAUGGAGUUUGGUAUCGUGGAGGACAUUACCGCAGUCGGUAUCAGGAUGGUGUUUACUGGGCUGAAUUCCGGGGGGGAUCAUAUUCACUAAAGAAAGUUGUUAUGAUGAUAAGACCUAACCCUAACACAUUCCACUGAGAUAAUUUUUCUCUUUUUUUUUUUUUUCUUCCUUUCUUGAUCUAAAAAAGAUGUAUAACUAUACUGUUAGCACCUGGAAUUAUUUCAGAAAUGAGGAAUGUAAGAUACUGUAAAUUUAUUGCUAAGAUGUGAGGGCUUGUAUAUUUUAUUUUCAAGAAUCAUUCCAGGGAAAGAAAAGCUGAAGUAAAAAAAAACAAACUGAAACAACAUAAUAUUCAGAACACCUCUCUGUACUAGUAGUUAUAUUAAGCCUUUUAGAACUGACAAUUGAGAUGGAUUGUAGAUACAUUUUCUGUUUUUUAUUCCCUGUAAAUUAAGUUUGGAUGGUAAAAAUACUGCCACAACAUUUAAAUAUUUUUGGAUGUUAUAUUAAAUAUUCUCAAAUACAGGAAAUAUUACAAACUGUACAGCAAGAGUUUUAUUAUUAUUAUAAGCAAUCACUAGACACAGGAAAUCAUAUCCUUUGAACUAGGUAGCUGGUAUAUUAGUAUGAUUAUUUUAAUUUAAUCUUGUUAACUGAUAUGAAUAAAAUUAAUACUAUAUAACUUGAGUUUGUGAACAGAUACUCAAACCAUUACUGUCAUAUUAAAUCCAGUCUUUCCUAUUUACUUUGAGCAUUUUAAUAAUCUGUUCCUACAAAUUAGAAUUGGCAUUUGAUUAAAACAUUUUAGAUGGAAAACUUUAACCAUUUUUCUAAUCAGAACGAACUAGCUACCUGCACAGGGAAAUAAACCCAGAUUCACUAUAGAUAUAACGUACUGUAUAGCCAACGUGUCAUACUAUACUAUAUUUUGUACCUGACUUCAGUCAUUACCUGCUGUGUAGGCUCUCUAGUCAGAAAUGGCUGGAUAUAAAUUAAAGGGAUUAUCCAACUUUGCAGGCAAAUGAUGGAUACCACUAUAUAAGCUAUUUAAUAUUCGUAGCCAAUAGGUGAAAAUUAUAUAAAGAAGCUACUUAUAGCCAAGAACAGUUAUAUUUGCCAUAUUUCACAAUUAUAUUAUUGUCAAAUUAUUAUACCGUUUUACUCAUCUAUAAUUAGAGUUUAGUCACAACUAUGACAUACUGACUGGCAUAAUUCUAAUAUUCUUCUAUGGUAGGUUUCUAGAACAGACCUUUCAAAAUGGAAACUACCAUGAAAAAUGUAAGUUAAAGAAUGCAUGUAAGAGGGAGGAAAAGCAAAAACCCCUGGAAUUUCAAUAUAUUUCUCAGUAAGCCUGCAAGACACUUAAUGUGUUUGUGCAUCUGUUUGCACACUUCUUCCCUUAUUACCUCAAAUUCUUUACAAAGGUAUGAUGUGCAUUAAACUGGCGUGUGAAGCAGCAUGUGUUGUAUAUAACAAAGUAGGGUUUUUAAUAUAUUAGAUCAUCCCUGUAAUAUUGUAAUCUUUUAAUAAAGCAACAAAUGUUAUUUUGAAA